AUGCCAACCUGGAAGGGUGGAGUUGCAUGUGAGAAAUUCGUCGGGUAUUUCAUAGGAACGUCUUGGGGAAAAAAUGGCGACUCGGGCAGCGGCAUUUUCAACACAUCGGGAUAUUUUUUGGGAAUGUCGGUCGGAAAGAAAAACUUUGUUUUUCAAGAUACUUCGAAUAUGCCACUAACAGAAGUGGCUGACCACCGCCCAGACAGUAAGAUUUUCAGCUCGGAUGUAAUUCUGGGGAUCGCUGGGAUUGGCGGACCAGGGCUGGGUUCGGCGGAAGAACUUUACAAAUCCGAAAAGCGCUCUCGCUCAUGA